AGGACGGGGGUUAGAAAAAAAGAGGGGAGAGGAAAAAAGUUGGAUCUGAUUUGCUGAAAUCGCGCAGGACCGACUGAAGGUGGAAGCGCUCGGUUUCAUAUCAGCUCUGGCUGGAAGCUUUUAGCAGGGGGCGAACCGUCCCGGCACUCUGCGCCCUGCGAAGCCCCCGCGCAGAGAGAGAGAGAGACAGAGAGAGGAAGAGAGAGAGAGAGAGAGAGAGACAGACAGAGAGAGAGAGAGAGAGAGAGAGAGAGAGAGAGAGAGAAAGGGAACACGUCGUAGCGGCGGAGCACGCACAGCUCCAAGUUGCUUCUCCUCCUACUUUUACAUGCCAGCUCCUGCGUAUUAAAAACACAAAACCUUUUUUUUUUCCCCCCUCCGCGGUGGCGACAAUCUUUGGAUCGAGACUCUUCAUGGAUAUUCUUGGAUAAUUUCCCUUCGGAUUGCUGCUCCACACGCGUACACACACACACACACACACACACACACACACACACACACACACACACACAUACGCGCACACACACCGUCUCUCUUCUUGCAUGGUGCGCACCGAUCGGUCCAGGACGAUGGAGUGAUCGGAGGAAUAAGUCCACCUACAAUCACUUUUUCUUUCUCUGUGUGCUCAGCGCCGUCUCGUCAUGUAUUCUCCGAUUUGUCUAACUCAGGAUGAAUUUCAUCCCUUCAUCGAGGCGCUUCUCCCUCACGUCCGUGCCAUCGCCUACACGUGGUUCAACCUGCAGGCCCGAAAGCGCAAGUACUUCAAGAAGCACGAGAAGCGGAUGUCCAAGGACGAGGAGCGCGCCGUGAAGGAUGAGCUCCUGGGUGAGAAGCCUGAGGUCAAGCAGAAGUGGGCCUCCAGGCUGCUGGCCAAGCUGCGGAAGGACAUUCGGCAGGAGUACCGGGAGGACUUCGUCCUCAGCGUGACGGGCAAGAAGCCGCCGUGCUGCGUUCUGUCCAACCCGGACCAGAAGGGCAAGAUCCGCCGGAUCGACUGCUUGCGGCAGGCCGACAAAGUCUGGCGCCUGGACCUGGUGAUGGUCAUCCUCUUCAAGGGCAUCCCUCUGGAAAGUACGGACGGCGAGCGGCUCGUCAAGUCUCCACAUUGCACCAACCCAGCACUUUGUGUCCAGCCUCACCACAUAACAGUAUCGGUCAAGGAGCUGGACUUGUUUCUAGCAUACUAUGUCCAGGACCAAGACUCGCAGCAGUCAGGAAGUCCGAGUAACAAUGAGCCAGGCAAAACCCCUCUUCCAGUGUAUUUGGAAGACAGCUUCAUCAAAUCAGGAGUUUUCAGUGUCACGGAGCUGGUGCGAGUGUCUAGGAUGCCGAUCACCCACGGCGCAGCGGUACCCUUCUCCAUGGCGGACAUGCCCAGCCAGCCCUACUAUCAUGACCUGAACUCCAGCGUGGCACUACAACGCUCCCUGUCCUCCCCGCCUGGCAGCAAAAGGCCCAAAACCAACAUGGAGGAGAACAUGGAUACCAGCCCGACGGGACCCGACUUCUACUCGUCACCCAGCUCACCAGCCAGCAGCCGGGCGAACUGGCACGACAGAGACGGAGCAGAGAUGUCCUCUCCCACAAUGAAGAAGCCAGAAAAGCCACUGUUCAGCCCCACUUCCCCGCAGGACUCCUCACCGCGACUCAGCACUUUCUCUCAGCCUCACCACCCGGGCCUAUCAGGUGUGGGACACAGUGUUAUAUCAUCGAGGAGCCCCCCUUCACACUCGCCCCUGCAGUUCUCAGCCUCGGCCAUCCUGCCUCCGGCGCCGUCGUCCUACUUCUCGCACCCCACCAUACGCUACCCGCCUCACCUCAACCCCGCCGAUCCCCUCAAGAGCUACGUGCCGUCGUACGACCCGUCCAGCCCACAGAGCAGCCAGCCUAACAGCAGUGGUCAGGGGGUUGGGAAGGUCCCAGGCCACUUCACCCCAGUUUUGGCUCCAUCUCCGCACCACGGCCCGGUGCGACCCGUCACUCUUUCCAUGCCCGACACCAAGCCCAUCACCACAUCAACAGAAGGCUACUCAACUCCUGGCACACCAACGUCUAAUCGUUUUGUAGGCCUGAGCCCUAGAGAUCCCACCUUUCUCCACCAGCAACAGCUGAGGAAGUGUGACUGGAGCGUGACUCAAAACGGCAGGCAUUAUGGCCCCAGUGCCACUGACGACACUUUGGGGAUUGCUUGGCAAAGUCCUGGUACCUGGGCGAGCUUAGUUCCAUUCCAAGUGUCGAACGGGACUCCGAUUCUGCCAACAAAUGUCCACCAGAACUACAGCAUAAACAUCAUUGGUGAACCGCUGGUCCCCGCCGAGUCCGGGAACUGAGCUCAUCGAGGCUUGACCCACCUCUGCCCUCCCCCCACCCAGGGUGGAAGUGUGGGGCAGAGCUAGCACUACAGGUGUCUGCAGCCAUGGAUGAAACCAGCAAAGCAGCAGGUGCUGCAUAAACCCCCUCCUCAUCAAUCUCCUCACCUUCGACCUCCCGACCCCCUCAGUCUCACCUCUUCCACCUCCCCGCUCCCACUCCUCCUCCUCAUCCUGAUGAUGAUGAUGAUGGACAAUGGCCCUGAAGUAAAGAUGAUGAGUGGACGGCUCAGAGGAAAGAAGAAAAGCUUCAGGUCUGAUGUCUCCUCGCACACAUCCACCCACCCACCAGUCAGUUGUUGCGUUUGCAGAACUUUUUUCAAUCCAUCUGAAUACUGUGAUGUAUAGAUGCCUUAAUGUUUAAUUGCAUGACACUCUAGACUCCUGGCAGUAAUUCCUACUUAUUGUUCAACGUCAGAGGAAGGUGAAAACCAUUUUGAACGCCUCGCAACACACACACACACACAGUCAACCGAGGGGGGGUCUGCAGAUACAUCCCUGCCUGGUGGAUGGCUAAGAGACUCUGAACGAACGAACGAUUCACUGUGUACACCGUAGGAACAAAAAAAAAAAAAAAAAAUUGUGAAUUCAGAGUGUUUUUUUUUCUUCCGUUUGAUUUCAGUUUACUGUGAUACAACUCUUUGUUUUUAAGGAAAAAAAAAUGUGUUGACUUUGUUUCUUUACUGCUACUUAUUUCAAGAACUAAUGUAAACACUUAUGGGGAGAGUUGAGAACUCUCGAUGCAGUUUUUUUAAAAAAAAAAAAACACUAAAUGCUAACAGCUUGACAUUGGACCCCUCCUAAAAAAAAGAAGAAGAAAAACGACUCGCAAGUCCUUUUCAAAAGGAAUGUAAUAAUAAAAGAGGAAGAAAAAAAGAAAAAAUUUGCGACAGAGGCAAGUGCAAUUGAAUUUUUUUUGAAGGGAAGCUAUCAGUCUGACUGCCCUAAGACUCUAAAGGAAGGGGGAUAGUUAUUAAAUGUUUAAGAAUAUGAUUUCAGCCACAUAUCCAUCUCUUCGCAUGAGUAAAAAGUGUGAAAGGCAGUUUGAAGACAAGCAUAAAGCUACCUGUGCAACAGAAAAAAAAAAA